AAAAAUCAAAAUCUCACCAACAGCUUUGGAAUCAAAAGGACAACUUCUUGUCCCCUUCCUUAUCUCCUUUCUUGUCCAAACAACCCUCUUUCUCCCUAUAAAUGUAUGAAUCUCUGUCAUGCAAAUGUAGGAUAGAGAGAGAUGGAGAGUGAGAGAGGUAGGAAGGUUUUGAAAGGGUGCAUCAAAACAACGAAGGGGCCGUGGGUGGUGCGACGCGCCACCAAAGAUGGCGGCCACGUGAUGAAGUAUCGGUACCCGUCUGAGAAGGAGCGGCUGAACAACAAGCAGAGAGAGCAGCUCCGCCGCUCAGUGAAGCACAAGAUCUUCAAAGGGUUGAAGGCUCACGGAAACUAUCAUCUCCCCAAGCAUGCCGACUCCAACGACCUCCUCAAAGCCCUCUGCCACGAGGCCGGUUGGCAUGUCGAAGAAGACGGCACAAUUUUUAGAACCAAGGGAGGAGAUGUGGAGAAAAUGCCAAGAUUGGUUGAUGAUGAGAAUGAAGAAGAGAGCUACUGCAAAUGUGGAGAUGAGGGGGAAGAGCCUGAUACAACUCUCACUCUCUAGCUAUCUAGGGUUUUUGCAGUGAAUAUAAACUAGUUUAUACGAAAAUGGUUGUGCUAGUUUGA